UUGACUGCAGCUAGUCCCAUUCUCGUUGCGCCAUAGUGUACGGUGUUGAGAAGGGAGUGUGUGUGGUGUUAGGACCAUGUGGUCACUUCUUGUAUUGUGUCUUGUGGCCGGAACGAAUUGUUUGGCCGAAACUGUAUACGAAGCGCUUCAAAACAACCAGGAUUUCUCUAAGUUUUUCGAAUUGGUAAAUAAAGAUAAAGUGCUUCCAGAAAUGCUACAAAAGAAAACUGCAACGGUUUUUGCACCCACUUCUUCAGCAAUAGAAGCUGCGAAAUGGAUAACGAAGGAUGAAGAUAAAAUUGCUGCUUAUCACGUGGCUAUAACGUUAGCAAUGAAGAGUAGCUUUCCCACUCAUUUGUCAUCUUAUUCGAGUGGUGCACCACCAUUACAGCUGACUAUAUACGAAAAUGAAGACACAGGAAAAACGGAAUAUUUUGUCAACAAUGCUAAAAUCAUAAGAGAAAAUACGUACUUCACAGAAGAAGGAAUGAAACAACUACUCUACGUUAUCGAUGACAUUAUGGAGCUGUACAUUCCGAAAAAUAAUUUACCACCGACGGCAUUAAGUCUCCUAAAACAACCUAAAAUAUACGACAUCAGUAAAACAUUUGAGGUGUUUGUUUCACGUACGAGAUCAGUAAAUGAAGAAGAAUUGUUUCAGCGAGUUGGUCAACAUACUUAUUUUCUGCCUCAAGGUCGUGCCAAAGAACAGAAUUACGACAUACAACAAGAAAUUGAUAAAUGGGUGAUUCGUGGUCAUGUUAUCCCCAAUCACGUUCUCUUCACUAGAACCAUGGGGCGAAAAGCUUAUCGAUCGGAAGCAUACGAAGAUAAUUUAAAAGUGAAAUUAUCUUUAAUAAACAGAACAAAUGAAAACGACGACGACGGAUAUAGUCUAUACAUUCAGAGCAAUACCAUCCAAAGCGAUUAUACUCAUAGGAAAGGUGUAGUUUACUCCAAGAUACUUCACGCUAACAUUCCUGUUGCUAACGGUGUAGUUCAUAUUAUUGAGGUCCCUUUAAUGAUAAUCGAAAAAACCAUUUGGCAAAUUUUGGAAGAAGAAAAGAAUAACAGACUAUCGAAAUUCUAUAAUUUAAUAAAGGAUCAACCGGAAUUUAUUGCCAAAUUACAAAGCAGUUUACCUGUUAAGACUUUAUUCAUACCUAGUAACGAUGCCAUCAGCAGCAUCAGUGAUGAAAAGUUCGCCAUGUUGAAAGAGAACGACACAGAAUUUUCUCUUCUUUUAGGUUUGCAUUUAGUAUUUAAAUCUAUAUCUACGGAAGAAGUUUUGACCAAACAGAUAGUGGAAGAGCGCAGUUUUGAUAAUCGGAGAGGAUUAUAUUUUCGUGUUGUUGGAGAUAAAAAUAAAAAUAGAUUUUACACAGAUGUGACUCUCACUGUUGAGGGUGGAGGAGUUAACGCUACUGUCAUCGAAGCGGAUAUCGGAGCCACAAAUGGGAUGGUUCACAUCAUAAAUAGGGUCCUGGGUAUGCCUUCUAUGACCGUUUACGAAAAAUUGGAAUCUGAUCCGGAUCUCAGAACAACAUUUAAUAUAAGCCACCUCGAUGAUUGGAACUGGCAAUUAAUGGAUAAAACUAAGCAAUAUACUUUCUUCUGCCCCGCUGAAGAAGCAUGGAAAUUUAUGUCUAUAGAAAUGCCGACUUCUUACAAACAAAUGAGAAUGACGGAAUUUCCACAUCACGUCCAUAAAAUACUCGAUCGCCAUUUGAUGAUAGGAGAAGAAUUAUCUACGCAAGAACUUGUGAAUCGUGGAGAAAUUCAAAUGAUUCAUGGAAUUUUUAAAGUCGAACAGCAGAGUGUUAAUGUCACUACCGUCGAGUGGGAAGGAAAGAAGUCUCGCAUCAUUAAAGCUAAUGUCCAAGCGACUAAUGGUGUGAUCCAUGUGAUCGAUCGAGUAAUGAUGAAACCACGUGAUUUAAAGAAAGGAGGCGCGUACAUUAUUGCAGCUAGUCAUGUGUUAAUUAAUAUAUGUCUACUGACUGCAUAUAUGUUGUUUUAGACGAUCAACACUGCCGUGUACCACAAAGACCAAUGCUAAAAGCUGAUUACCCGGUGUCCCUCAACCUGAUCACGUCAAGUAAGGGGACACUGGUACUCCUAGCAGCCGGAGCCAAAAAAAAAAAAUCCCAAAAAAUAUGGCUCUGCUAAAGGACUACAGAUCCUAGAAUGUGUACAUAUUACCUCACAGUAAUCGACCAUAGUUGCUCCUGUCACUGUAGAAACAGCUUGACAACUGUCAACGAUGGUGGCUCCCCAAAAUUCAGAUUCGAUACUUGCCGCCAUCUUGUAUUGUGUGCUUCAUGGCGUGUCGUAAAUUUAAUCUCUUUGACCCACUUCAUGCUGUUCCUAUACGUUGUUUCUAUUAUGUUCUGUUCAUUCUUCGAUAAUAAAAAAAAGUUAAAAAAAAAAUAAUGUGAUGCCCUUACCGUGAAACUUGGGCAAAAUGUACGUAUUAUUAUUAAUUUGUAUUUAAAAAAACAAAUCAGUGAGAUUAUUAUGAAGAGACGACAGCAUUGUUGCUUCGAUAUCGAUGUUGCCAUUUUAGAUUAGGAGAUAUCUGUACGACAAAAGCCACACACACACACAAUAGUCAACAAGUAUGUAGUUAGACUUUGAACCACAAAACAGUAGGCUUCAGAAUUUAGUUUAAAAGCAUCAAAUAAUCACCAUCCAUGAGUGUGUUUCUUACGUUUUAUGAAUGUUAAAAAGGGUUUUAUGGGGAAAAAUUGUUUUAUCUUCACAGAUAUCUCCACAUUUUUUCUUGGAAGUUUAUCUUUUUGAUCAUUCUACUGGCAUUUACAUUAUUCUGAAAGCUCGUAUAGUGUCGUGAUAAAAGAAAAAAGCACGUUUCAAUCGAAUCAUUUUGGCUAUUAAAAGAAAAUAUAAAAAAAUAAAUAAAUAAAUAAAAAGAUUGUCGUAAUAUAAUCGAUAAUGUUUCUUCAGCUAUCUGCAUGAUCUGGACCACACACGUUUACACCUUUCACCUGGCAGUAUCCAAUUUAUCAUUUAUGUUCGUCAAUUCCCAAAACAACGAUAUCAAAAUUUUUUGUAGAUAUUUCAAAUGUAUUUAGAGUAUUUUUUUCUGGGUUUAAUAAUUAUGUAAAUAUUCUUUCAAGACUUGUUUGUGUUCCAGAGGUGCGAUACUCACGCAGAAAAGCGCGUUACUCGCCCAUAAUAUGAGGCCUUAUAAUUCCUCAUUUUGCUUCCCGAGUACCAGUUCUGGCAUUUCCCACCAUAUAAAUUUUUGUUCUUCAAUUAAAUGUGUGUUCUAUGAGUUGUCUGGUACUCAAAUUAGCUGACUAAAUUUGUAAUAUUCUGAAAGUCAAAAUAAAAAAAGCACUUUGUGCGUA